AUGGCGGAACAACAGAGGAGGUUUAUUGUGGAGGAGUGGGAGACCAGCAGGAUCAACAGGACAUUAUUUGUGAGCAAAGACAAGAACAACAGCAGUACCUUCUCAGAUACAGCACCCUGUUCGCGUCCAGUUACCCGUUGUCCUGGUCUGGAACAGGAGAAGAAGCUGCUUCGUACUUUGCCGCCACUUCGUCAUCCCGAUUUAAUUCCCAUCUUUACUCGCAUUCCUUACGAAAUCCGUGGGAAAAACCACGGUCCUUUAUAUGUGCCCUUUAAUGAUGUGACGAUGCACACCACUUCAUCGGAUCUAUUAAAAUUAUCGGUUGGUCUGACAGAAAAAAAUAUGAGUACCUUUUUGAAGUUUAAUGUGGAUGUUCACGGUCGACAAUUUGAAGAGUUGAAGUUGUGUCGGAAUUCGAAAAAGAUGUUAAGUUUACCAAAUGCUGGUGGUGCGAGUAUGCUAUCCGAGGUUCUUUCCUACGAGGUUAUGGAGAGGCUCUUGGGGGUAGAUCUGCUUAAGACCGAGAUGGAAGUACAUUAUAGUUUAAUAAAUCAGCCAAUGACCGACUAUCUGGUAAACCUAAGACACCCACACUACACCAAUCCGCUCACUAUUGGCGUAUCAGUAACGCGAGCAUAUGCUCACGACCGACGAUACACAAAUGAUGAUGCCCAUCGACUUCUCACGAAAAAAUUAGCUGGUGUCAAUUCAUCCACCAAAAACAUUGAUAACGCUCGCAUCUGGAAACAGAUUCUUCAUAUAUGGUGUCCGAACGGUCAAACUGCCAACGUGGUAAAACGCGUCUACAUGAAAAUGUCCCCCGAGUACAAAGCUAACACGGUGGUAAUGGUGUCAAUCGUCGACUCGAAAUGGGUGUUUACUAAUAAUAAAGUUGUGUAUCCCCCAAGGAAGAAGGAUUUGCCAAAGAAGAAAAGGAAGAAGCGUGUGUAG